AUGACUGGUUGUCAUCCGAAUCGAUACAAUCCAUAUGGAUAUUUAGAUCUAGUUAUUCUCAAUGAAUAUACAGAAUAUGCCAAUAGUUUAUGUGAAUUUGUUUUGAAUUCUUUGGUGUUGGAUUAUGUUGUUCAAGUUUCAAUAAGAAAUUAUCAAAGUUUAAUACAAAAAUCGCCAGCGAACAAUCCAGUCUGUAUAUCUUUGUAUAAUAUCAAUCUCGACACUGAUUUUCUCACUUAUGGCGAAAGAAUGCGUCGAAUUUGUGCGCUGACGAAAUCGACAUUGUAUGACAUGAAAGCAGCUCGAUUAGCGCACCCAACUUGGAUUGUCCGAUUCUCUCCAAAUUUCAAACGAAGUUUACGAAUAUUUGCAUGUAAUCUACGUCAUUUAGUGAACAAAAUCCAUGACAUUGAAGAUCAUGUUGUCAAGGCUAAUCUAAAAGGAGAAAUUCUUCGUUAUCACGCAAUUUCAGCUGCUCUAACUACAGUUAAAUAUGAUCUGUUAACAUUAUAUGUAACAAUCCGUUCCGGUGGUCUUACCGCUAUGAAAACAUCCUUUUUGUAUCCGAUUUUGAGUGAUACGCAACGAUGGUUGACCUACACAUAUUAUCAAAUUCAAAUUAUUCUUUCAUCCUUUCCCGGCUCGAAGAAAACUCAUCGUCUAAAUCGAAAUCUAACAAACAUUCCAACGAAAACUUGUAUUCCAUCUUUACAUAUGAUGAGCAGUAAACUAAAGAGAACUAUUCAACAAUCAGAUAUACUUUCCGAUGAUCAAUUGAGUGUCAACACUAAUACUGAAUAA